AUGAUUCCAAUCCAGACAUCCCUAACGAAGCUUUUGGGGAUUGAAUCUCCUAUUGUCUCUGCACCCAUGGCUGGUGCGAGUGGCGGCGCUCUCGCCGCUCAAGUUACCCUUGCCGGAGGUUUUGGUUUCGUCGGAGCAGGUUACGAACCGCCUGACAGCCUCACGCGAGAAUUGGGUAUCGCGCGUCAGCUUCUUCAACACACCGACGAUGACGCCCCUCUUCCGAUCGGAGUGGGAUUUCUCGCCUGGCAACUUGAAAAGUCGCCCGACAGAGCUGAACAGCUGCUCUCCAUUGUUUUGGAACACCGUGUCCAGGCCGUAUGGCUUGCAUUUGGUCAAGAUCUGGGCCGCUGGGCCGACUACGUACGGAAUCACGAUAAGAACGCUGGCAGCGCAAAGGCUGUCAAGAUUUUUGUCCAACUCUCCACCGUCGAACAGGCCCAUUGGGCUAUCAAAGAAUGCAAGGCUGACGUCAUAGUCGCGCAAGGGAAUGAAGCAGGUGGACAUGGUCUCGGGGCUAGUCUUCCCCUUUUAACGCUCUGUCCCCUCAUCGCGGACGUUGUCAAAUCAUUGAAUGGCCCCCCUCUCAUCGCAGCAGGAGGACUCGCGAUUGGAGCUCAGAUAGCCUCCCUUCUGACCCUCGGAGCACAAGGCGUAGUCCUGGGAACCCGAUUCUUACUGUCUCCGGAAAGCUUAUACACAGACUCGCACCGUCAAGCGCUCAUAGCUGCCGAUUCGUCUCAGUCGGUACGGACCAUGGCUUUCGAUUAUGCCAGGAAUACGUUGGGGUGGCCAGAAGGCAUCGACGGAAGGGGAUUACGAAACGGUACGAAACUUUUUAGUCCAGGCGUGAUGGCAUUCACAGGUUCAACGUUCAAAUCGUCCAUCAUAGCCACCGUCGUUGACUACGAAAGGGGAACGGAUAUAGCUGUUAUCCAGAAAAAACUGGCAGAGGCCAUCAAGACAGGAGACAAUACCAGAAUGGUGGUUUGGGCUGGCUCAGGCGUCGGUCUGAUGACCAAGACCAUGCCAGCGCAGGACAUCGUGAACGAACUGCACGAAGAAUGUGUGCGACAUUUACGUGGAGCUGGUGACCUCGUCGUGAACGCCUAA